UGCUGAUACGGCCCAUUUACAAUAGCGAACCAGAAAUUCAAGACAGACUUGAACUAGUCCAGAAGCUAGCCGUCCACUGGACAGAGGAACUGAAACCACGGAAAUGUUUUGUUGAGAUUUUUGGGGGAUUUUUUGUUAAUACAACUUUUAAAGGAUUAACCCUCGUUUCGGAGAUUUUGUUUAGAACCAAUUGAAAUUCCGCAAAUAAAUGAUUUUCAGUUGACUCUCCUAAGAGUCACAUCAGCAGAUAGACCUGAGACUAAAACGGAUUAACACUAAACCAUGAACCAGACGAGAAUUUGCCAGCUUUUUCUUUUGGUGGUCAUCUCUUCAGUGUUGGGCGGAGCCUCUGAGCUGGCCUUCCUGAAGGAGCCCAAUGAUGUCAUCGCCGUACGUGACCGUCCCUUGUUGUUGGACUGCCAGGUGGAAGGGGAAGGGCCUAUCUCUGUGACGUGGCGCCGCAACGGUAUGCCUGUUCCAACUGGGUCGAAGGCUAGCGUGUUGGCCAAUGGAACUCUCCUGAUCAAGAACUUCCAGAAGAAGAGAGAGAGCAAUGAGACGGAUGCUGGGGAGUACGACUGUGCCGCCCAGAACCACUUUGGCAUGUUGAUCAGCCGCAAGGCCCGGGUACAGCUGGCAUCUCUCCCGAAGUUCCAUACGCACCCUGAGUCAAUGCUGGUGGAUGAGGGCGGGGUUGCCAGACUGACCUGCCAGGUGAACGGAAUCCCAGAGGCGAGCAUCUCCUGGGAGAAAAACCGGACCGCUGUGAAUGCUGAUGAUAACAGGUGCACUAUUCUGCCCACGGGCAUCCUGCAGAUUACUGGUGUGAGGUGGGCUGACAGUGGUGUGUAUCGCUGCGUAGCCACCAACAUUGCUAACACCCGCUACAGUCACGAGGCCCAGCUAACUGUCACUGUGGCAGCUACUAGGAUCUACAAGGAGCCUGUUAUCCUAUCCGGACCUCAGAACCUGACCAUCACCGUGCACCAGACUGCCAUCUUGGAGUGUAUCGCCACUGGCAACCCUCGACCCAUCGUGUCCUGGAGUCGCCUGGACGGGCGCUCCAUUGGAGUGGAGGGUAUCCAGGUGUUGGGCACAGGCAACCUGAUGAUUUCAGAUGUCACUCUGCAACACUCUGGGGUGUACGUGUGCUCCGCCAACCGCCCUGGCACCAGGAUGAGGCGUACCGCCCAGGGCAGACUGUCCGUUCAGGCUCCUCCUGAGUUUCUGCAGUGGCCGCAGUCUGUCUCCAGACCAGCAGGGAGCAGUGCAGUGUUUACCUGUAUGGCUCAGGGAGUCCCCGAGCCUCACCUCAUCUGGCUUAAAAACGGCAAGAUCCUGAUGCCUGGUGACCACGUGAAGGUCACGAACAAUAACAGUACGCUAGCUGUAACACGCAUCACCAUGGAGGAUGAAGCCAUCUACCAGUGUAUUGCUGAGAACAGCGCUGGUACCAACCAGGCUAGUGCCCGCCUAGCGUUGACCCAGUCCACUGAGCUGCCCGAGGCCCCACGGGACCUGACGGCCACAGCCCUGUCCCCCACCACCCUGCAGCUCACCUGGUCCCAGCCUGCCCCUGAGGUCACUGACGGCAUCAUCGGAUAUGUGCUGCACAUUCGCAUGUUGGGCGAGCCUGACAGCAGAGAGCUGCAGGAGGCCGUCAGUAAGACCACCUUCCAGCAUGAGUUCACCACCCUGGAACCGGCCACCACCUAUUCCAUCUACCUGAAGGCCUACUCCUCCCUGGGAGCCAGCCAGCAGUCUGGCACUGUGGUCGCUACAACACUAGGGGGCGUUCCCAGAUCGCCCAGUUUCUUUACCAAGGUUUUAAACAAGACGGCCAUGCAGGUGUUCUGGGAGCUGCCCAGUAAGCCGGGCAAGGUAGAGGGCUUCAAGCUGUCCUACCGUGAGGUCCCCCAACCAAACUUCCAAGGGCAGGAAGUGUUUCCUGGUCACAUUAACACCCACACCAUUUCCCACCUAGAACCCGCUGCAGUGUAUGAGAUUCAACUGGUGGCCUAUAAUGGUAAUGGGGACGGAGCGGCAGACAAGCGUCUGGUUUCACUUGCUGAGAGUGGUAACAGCCCCAAGACAAGCACCGAUGGACAGAGCACAUGUAACUGCAGGCAGGAUGGCGAGGGGUCCAUGACUGGCAUUGUGUUGGGUAUCCACAUUGGCAUGGCAUGCAUCAUUUUCUGUGUGCUGUUCCUCAUGUUUGGCUACCGGCGCAGCUUCUUCUGCAGGAAGGGGACCCAGGAUGACUGGUCAGGGCCCCAAGCAGCAGACAGUAUCCAGCGGGCCGGGGCCCCAAAAGAAGGGGUGAUUUGCAUGCCAGAGGUCAUGGAAUUAGUGCCACAGAGAUGUGAUUCUGUUACUGCUCCAGUGAUGGUUCUGGCUAGUCAACUCCCUCCAGCCCAGUGCCAAGUCUUUAUCGAGGAACCACAACCAUGCCAGUCUGGCACAGGCACUGGCUAAAGUGGUUAAACAACGAUCCACUUACUUCCCCCAACCCCAGUUCUUUUAUGUCCAUAAAUGAAUGGCUGUUCUCUGGUUCCUCCACCUGCCCACCAAAGCCUUAGCCAUAGUCUGCCUACUGCAGCAUGCAUUGAUUGUUUUAGAAGUGAAAAGGAGUGAUUGAAAAUUGAGAGUGAAAUGUGCUGUAUUGAGGAUAUCUGUUCUUAAUACCAUCAAGUAAAAACAAUGUAGCACCAAAGCAGAUUUAAAAAGUAGCGAUUUACUUAAAGCUAUAUGGCAAUGGCCACAGAAAACAUUUAUUAUUCUUAUUAUCACAGUUUAUUCAAUGUAACUCAGUAGGUAAAAUGCUGCUGGUUUGUCUCUAAGGAUUACUGAAACUGUUGUGUUGGCAUUUCUUUAAAACUGAAAGUUUAAUUUUAUAACAUUUUAAGUUAGUAGCCAAUUACUCUAAUUUCAAGUUCUGCCAAAUACAGACAGAUACAAUAUACAGAGAUUUUUUACUACUUUGAACAGUGAAGGAGGUUUUCAAUUAUUAAAUAUUUAGCUUGAGUUCAAUGGAUUAGAUAGAUCAAAAAUAUAAUACAUUUCAUCUAACACUGAGGCCAACACCAAAGUGAUGUAUUUGUUUAGUAGUUAUUUCAAAUGUUUUCAGUCAGAAUGUUUUCUGUGAUUAGUUCCACAAGAUGGUACUUCAGGGAUACUUAAUGCAGCCCACUUUCGCCUUACCAAACCUGGUUGAGUUGAUUGUUCAUCUCACCACGUUAGCCUUGAGGUUGGGUUGAGGCACCACAGAUGAAGCCAUUUUUGUUAAAUCCCAAAGUCUUUGUUAACUUUCUGCUCCACCACCAAAACAUAUUACCUCCAAAGACAGCUACCUCAGCCUGACGAGAAUGUCAGUGCUUUUCAAGGUAACCAUUUUGCCUGUCGUGCUGCUGGUCAAGCAUACCUACCUCAACCAAAAGGGUACUAUUGUGCCCCAUUUUCCUUUUCUGGGUGCAAAUGCCAGUCCCGUGCCACAUCCAUGCCAGUCCUGUACCACAUCCGUGCCCGUCCCAUGCCAGUCCCGUGCCACAUCCAUGCCAGUCCUGUACCACAUCCGUGCCAGUCCCAAGCCAGUCCCGUGCCACAUCCAUGCCAGUCCCUUGUCAGUCGCGUGCCACAUCCGUGCCAGUCCCGUGCCACAUCUGUGCCAGUCCCGUGCCACAUCCGUGCCAGCUGCCACUCAGUGCGUUCAGAGAAUGAUGCACCCUUUUGAGUCCUGUCAAGAAAAGCAGGAGGCCACUAAUUGUGAUUGAAUGUCACUGGGGCCAUGGAGUCCCCAGAAAUGUUUAUUUGUUGGUAUUCUAGUCCACUUAUGUUGUUUGACAUUGAAUGAUUCCUUAUCACCAAUUCUCUGCUUGCAUCUACUGCCAGCUUCCACCCAGGCUAUCAGGACUUAACGUCUAGUCCAAACCCUGAAUAGCUGCUUUCAUUUAGAGAGGAUGACUCAAAGUUUGGCCACCUCAGCCACUUUCAUGCAGCUUUAAAGAACAUGGCUAUGACUCAAGUAUAUAUUUCAACCUUCUACCCUGCAGAGUCCCUAAGGGCUGAUGUUGAGACGAUGAUGAUCAGGUUUCAAACGGCUGUCUUAGAGCCUGAAAGUGGAGCACUACAAGAACAACAUUUAAACAGUUAAAUCUCCUCAGUUAAACUGGGGAAAGUGAGCGAUGGCAGAGGGAUGUCUACAUAUUUAGGGGCGACAUGCUGCUGCCAGCAUCUCAUCUUGCAGGACACAGAGGACAAUGAAUCAGAAACAUGGAACAAAUGGAACAAAAGCCUGACAUAAAGUGAGCAGUUAAUGUCUUAAAAAACCUAAACAUUGCAGGAAAGUAUGGACACUAAGGAACGUACAUUUUCUCUAUUCCAUUACGGAUGAAUUUGCAGACGUUUGUGCCCUUUACUGUAGAAUUCCAAAGUGUGCUUUGAAAUGCUCAUAUGUUGUUACUAAGACUGACAUUUUCAGUAAGAUUUCUGUCACCAAACUGAAGUGAUUUGUUUGCAGUGCCUCAAAUACCUUUGUUGUCAAGGGAACCUGCUGUUCGUCAGACCAUGGUUACCGUUCUCUAGUGACUAAUUUGUCUUGUAUUAUGUCUUCAUGUUUUUACCUCACACACAUACACAAGGCAUGGAUGGUGCUUUUAUUGUAGAUAUUUGUUUUAACAAAUAAUCUAUGAAAACCAAGUUGAACAAGAUCCAAAGAUAUAUGAUUGUUAUGGUUUUCAUUCUUUCCUUAAUUAACAUUCUUUUGUAAAAAAAACAAGAAUGAAUUUGGGUUCCUGUUUUAAGGGGUAGCCAUUAGACUGUGACUAGACAAACUAAGAAACACACAAGCAAGAGAAUAGCUUACAUGAACCAAAAAAACUACAACAAUAAUUAAAUAAGCCACCUGUAAUGCUGUUAUAUUUUCAGUGGUUGUUUUUCAUGUUUCUCAAUGGUAGACAACUUGCAGACAUCGAAUUCCACAUAGUUUCAGUUUCUUUUCAAUAACAUUUUACUUUAAAUAUGAAAAUUGGAUAUAUAGAUAUAUUUUCAUAUAUUGUUACAAGAAGUUCUUUCUUUAUAAAGAUGGAGUUGAAAUUGCCAAAUAACUGUCUUGAAAUAUAGAAAUAAUAUGACCAAAUACCUCAUACAUAUUCUAACCUAUACUGUAUAUUCAUAUAAUGUCUGUUGCAUUCAUUCAUGACCUAAGCACAGGAAUAUCUUUUUGUGCAUUCAGUAUGUGUAGUUAAAUAUGUGUUUCCUGAGUGACUGACUGUUGUAAAGAACAUUGAGUGGUAGAGCACUGUCUUUCCCCCUUUUGUAAUUACUAUAUACAAUUCCAGUCAAUUUGAUGGAGUUUCUCCAGCCAGUCUCCAUCAGACAUAAGAGGAUUCCAUUUAUGUAAAUUUGUUUUCAGAUCCUCAAAACACAUUUUGCUGUAAUUGUUAUAGUCAAUAAAACACUUAAUCUCACUCA